AUUUACAUAUCAAAACAGUUUGACAGGUUAAAUUAGCAGUAAGCAUCAUGAUUCGCUGUUUAUUCCAUCAACACGUUGCCAUUAGUCGUUCCAGUUGGAAACCCCUUUUAUUCAGUACCCCACUUUAUUCCAGGCUAACUAAGUUGUCUAAAGCUUGUUACGCAGAUUUCUCUAACUUUUCAUUCGCCACAGUCCCUGCUUCCAGAAUGCAUUCAGCAGUGUUGGCCAAUUUAGACCCAACCCAGGCCAAACUUAUGUCAGAGGAGUGCAUUCUUGUGGAUGAGAUGGACCGAGUUCUGGAUAAAGCCACAAAACAAGAGUGCCAUCUUAUGGCAAAUAUUAACAAAGGAAUGCUGCAUCGAGCCUUCAGUGUAUUUUUAUUCAACACCAAUGGGGAACUUUUGCUCCAACAGAGAUCUUCAAAAAAAAUUACAUAUCCAAACCAUAUCACAAAUACUUGUUGUAGUCAUCCUCUCUUUAAAGAAGCUGAAUUAGAAGAAAGUAAUGCAAUUGGUGUCCGGAGAGCUGCACAAAGGAAACUACAACAUGAGUUGGGUAUUCCACCAGAGCAGGUACCACUUGAAGACAUUCAUUACAUCACUAGAAUGCACUACAAAGCUGGAAAUGUUCCCCUUGAUGGUAAAUGGGGAGAACAUGAAAUUGAUUAUGUUUUAUUUAUUAAGAAAAAUGUUGACUUAAAUCUCAAUCCCAAUGAAGUGAAAAGUACCAUGUAUUUAAACUGUGAUGGAGUGAAAGAUUUGAUGAAAAAUUUCAAGGACCGUGGAAUCCUUUUGACUCCAUGGUUCCAGUUAAUUGUGGAUAAUUUCUUGUACCAGUGGUGGGACAAUUUGCAAUGCCUUAACACGCAGUACGACCAUAAAACUAUUUAUCGACUGUCAAAGACAUGAAGACUCCUGUAGAACCUUUGUUAAUAUUACAACAGUUCUGAUAACAUCAACUCAAUUCCCAGAUUGCGACGUCCAUACUUCCUCAGCAAUUCAUAUUUUAUUAUCUUUACAUUUUAUUUUUUUUCUCUGUUAUUUUCUAUUUUUCUUUUGUUUUCUUUAUGAAAUGGAUAGAAUGAAAUAUUAAUUUGAUUUUGUUUUGAUAAUAUUUUAUCUUGAUUAUGUGUGUAAAUAAUUUUAAAGAAUCAAGUUAGGUAAAACUGGCAAAUCAUGUGAUAAGAACUUUGAAUUGAGGCCCAGUUUUUAGUGACAGAUCAGUCAAAAAUUUAGCAAUAUACAAAGUAAGGACAGUAAACAAUGAUCGAACUUUCAGCCAUUCUACUUGGUGGAGUAGAAAGGUUUUUGCCUUUUACAAGACCCUAACCCUCAUUAUCCACCCACACACCACAGCACGACUAUUAAGGCUAUCUACUGCUCCAACAACAGUCGAUGUUGAGAGAAAUAUUGAUAUAUAGACAUUAAUUGUUCAUUACUGUAUUAAUCAUUUUGUAAAUGUUAUUCUUGGGAACAGUGCUUUAAUAUUGUCGUUAGACCCUCUGUUACUUCUGUCAUGAUGCUGAUUGCUAUUGAUGAUGAUGAGGAGGUGGAGGAAUGGGGAAAGGAAGAUAUUGAUAAUGACUUAGAUCAUAGACUUAGAGCUGGUGUCUGAUUUUUAAAACCUGUCUUUAUAUUGCCACCAUUCUGUCAAAGGAUUGAUUGAAAAUUAUAUUUUACUAUUUCCAUGGAGAAAACUGAUUAUGUGGUUAUGAGUUCAAGCCACUCUAUAGCUAAUUAUUGUGUAUAUCUCUGGGUAACAUACUUUUGUAUAUUUUAGUUUACCAGACUGACUGCAGGUUCUAUCCUUAAAUCAAUGGGUAGGAUUACAAGGGCAUCUGUCAGUAUAAACAAUUAUCCUGAGAAACAAACCAUGAAACUCAUGAGAUGAAGAAAAACGAUUGUAAUAUAGUUGUGUACAUUGUCUUGUAUAUAAACAAUAUUUUUCUAUAUUGAACUUCUUUAAGAAUAGACUUGAUGUCUCUAACAAUAGACACAUUUGUAUUGGAAGUUGAGAGUUUAUUUUGUAUUUUUAUAAAUUCUUGGUAGAAUUGGUAAAGAUCGGCUCAUUGCCUAACAUUAAAAAAAUUGUUGUUUGAUAUAAAAUAUUUCAGCGAUUGGAGAUAGCAGCAUCUCUUUUUGAAUGAGACUUGGUUCUGUAACUGAUUUAAUUUCUUUACUUCUGCUGUACCAAUUACUGAAACAUUCUCUUACCACUACAAAGCAUGAAAAAUAAACUCCUUACCUUCUGUUCUCUCAUA